AUGGCUAAAAAAUACACAGAAAAAGUCUGUUGUUGCAUACCAACUCGAUUAGGUGUGUUUAUGAUGUCUUUAAUGAUAUUUGCUAUCUACCUGGCUGUUACGACCUUGCUGUUCGUAUAUAGAAAUACCUUGAAAAUAUGGUCCACUCUUGAACAGAAUGUUGAUACGCCAUUGACAGAAUCCGCAUUCAACGGUAUAUUUUAUACGUUUGUAAGCUUGUUCAUCAUAUAUAUGCUAGUAUCUAUAUUUGGGAUGAUAUCCAUUAUUAAGCAACAAAGGAAAAUGGUACGCAUAUAUCACAUAUUGAAUUGGUUUUUCGUUUUGUUACUGUUGACGAUUACAGUGGCAUGCUGGAUAUACUUCAAAGUCAACCAAGAUACUUAUAUAAACGAUUGCCAAGAUCUUCGCAAUAUGAAUGCCAACAGUACCCUAAACCCAAUCUAUACUCCCAUUCAAGUUCCAGGGAAAAUGAUUAUUGCUGGGGGUACAGAUAAAAAUUAUUGCAUUGAUUUGAUAAGGCGUCUGGUAAUUGGCUCUGGUAUAUGCGUGUUUGCUUGUAAUUUUAUACAGCUGUAUUGGGCAAGAUCAAUCGGUGUUUAUGCGACAUAUUUAAAAAGACAUUUUCAACACAAGAGAUUACAAGUGGAAGAUGAUGAUGACUAUGAGGACCUUGUAUCUGCGAAACGUGACUACAAGUAA